AUGGAUGGAACCAAUGACAGCACCCAAAACCAUUUCAUCCUUCUGGGGUUUUCUGACCGCCCCCAUCUGCAGAGGGGGAUCCUCUUUGUGGUCAUCUUGAUAGCAUAUCUCCUGACCCUUCUGGGCAACACCACCAUCAUCCUGGUGUACUGGCUGGACCCUCACCUGCACACUCCAAUGUACUUCUUCCUCACCCACCUGUCUUUUCUGGACCUCAGUUUUACCACCAGCUCCAUUUCUCAGCUGCUCUAUAACCUUCAUGGACAGGACAAGACCAUCAGCUACACUGGCUGUGCCAUCCAGCUCUUCCUGUUCCUGGGUCUUGGCGGUGUUGAGUGCUUGCUCCUGGCCGUCAUGGCCUAUGACGGGUUUGUGGCUGUCUGCAAGCCCCUGCACUACAUGGUGAUCAUGAAUCCAAGGCUCUACCUGGGCUUGGUGUCAGUGGCCUGGGGCUGUGUGUUGACCAACUCUUUUAUCAUGUCUCCAGUGACCCUGAGCUUACCCCAGUGUGGGUACCACAAGGUGGACCACUUCUUGUGUGAGAUGCCAGCCCUGAUCCAGAUGGCCUACAUCAACACUCUGGCCAUCGAAGACACUGUCUUUGUCCUGGCAGUUGACAUUGUCCUGUCACCCUUGGUGUUUAUCCUGGUGUCCUACAGCUACAUUGUGAAGGCUGUGUUACAAAUUCGGUCAGCGUCAGGGAGGCAAAAGGCCUUGAACACCUGUGGCUCCCAUCUCACUGUGGUCUCACUUUUCUAUGGAAACAUCAUCUACAUGUACAUGCAACCGGGCAACAACUCCUCCCAGGACCAGGGCAAGUUCCUCACCCUCUUCUACAACAUCGUCACCCCACUCCUCAAUCCUCUGAUCUAUACAUUGAGAAAUAAGGACUGGCAAGAGCAAAGGAAACGUGCAGAGCGAAGCCUCCAGAGAAGCAAGGGCUUUUCCUAA